CAGGAGUUGCAAGAUAGUUUGAGCCUUCCGGUAAAGUGAGAGAAGAAGAUGUCGAUCCCCUCGAAUUCACUAUGGAGAGGAUGUGCAGCAAACUUCCCUCAACCUGUUAGUGAAGAAGAUGAGCGUGCAGCUCAAUGUUUAGUAGAAACUGUUUACUACUUUAAUUGCCAUAUUGCAUCUCGCCCUGUACCUGACAUCGAGUACAGAAGCAGCAGCAGAGAAGAAGACAUCAUCCGCCAUGUCUUUCGCUGGGAUCUUACCCCCUAUCAGCAGGUCUUUCAGCAUGGAUUCCAAGCAAGGCGUCAACAAGGCACUCCCGACGAGAUCUACUACAAUCUGGAUCACUAUGUCCAUCAUGGCGGUAGGCCUCUUGAUUCCAGGCGGGACGCCACCCAUGCCUUCGUUAGCACCACGCUUAGCAGUGCUUGGCAUCCUAGCCUCGUGGCCCCUGAAGUAUAUCGAUACGAGAUAUAUGCUCCCGGUGGCAUUUGGGUUGCUGAGACUCUUGGUGAUCGUUACCAAUACCCUGCCCAAGACGAGGUCUGCUUUGUUGCUGGCAUCGCCCCUCAAUACAUUCGGUCUGCCCAACGCUUCAGGCUUACUGCCGACGGGAGGUAUACAAGACGGGAGAGACUAGAUAACGUAAUAAUGGUAAAUGGGAACUUCAACCCACAAUCACAUCCAUCAAGGUUGCUCAACAUCCAGAGGCCAAUAUUUGAUUAUUUGGAUGGAAAUGGUAGGAGGGCGCUUCUAAACCUGCGCAUUUGCCGACCUCAGCGCGAGAAACGACAAGUGUCCACCGGUUCUGACCCCACCGAUUGGUAUGCCGGCAACGUGGCCAACUUUAAGAGCUACAUAGAUGCUGCAUUCAGUUCGUAUCGUUCAAAUGAAGCCUAUCUAUUCAUGAAGAACGAGUAUGUGCUGGUGGACUAUGCUCCAGGCACGACAGACGACAGGGUGCUGAAUGGACCGCUUCGUAUCGGCGAUGGGUAUCCAUCCCUCGCAGGCACAGCCUUUGCGGAACAUGGAAUAGACUGUGCUUUUGCGUCUAAUUAUGCGGAUGAAGCGUACAUCUUUUCUGGGAAUCUCUGUGCAAAGAUAAACUACGCACCGGGCACCACAGAUGACAAGAUAAAAGAAGGCCCGAAGACCAUCGCUGUGAUGUUCCCCUUCUUGAAAAAGACGGUGUUCGAAAGCGGCAUAGACGCGGCGUUUGAGGCAACCAAGACGGCUUCAUUCUUCAAAUCAUAUGAAGCUUACCUCUUCAAAGGCAACCAGUAUGCUCUUAUAAACUACGGUUCUGAUUCCCACCUCAUCGCCAUCCGUUUCAUCACUCAAGGCUUUGCUAGUUUGAAAAACACCAUCUUUGAAAGCGGAAUCGAUGCAGCGUUUGCUUCGCACAGGACUGAUGAGGCGUACCUAUUCAAAGGAGAUUCGUACGCACUCAUCAACUUUGCUCCCGGCACCACAAAGGACUACAUCAUUGGUGGCGUGAAGAAAAUCCUUCCCAAUUGGCCCUCUUUACGUAGCAUCUUGCCUCGCAAUAAUCGUGGUCUUGACGUUCAUGGUCACACUAAUGCUGACCGUGACCACGAUGAACUUUAAAGAGAGUCUUACGUGCCUAAGUAUGCAUGCAUGGUAUGCUUCGAAUGAGAGUUUGGCUCGGUUUGGUACGUAGUUUCUAGUUUAUCUUUAGUGGAAAAUAAUAAGGGUGUUGUGGGGAUUGGGGUUAUCUUAUUAUACUCUCCUCCUUGAACCACCCAGUUAAUUAGUAGCUUAUGCUAGAGGUAUUUUGGAUGAUUUUAUCUGUGGAUGAAGCCAGCAAUUUGUAACCAAGCACCAAUAAGUAUA